GUCAGCGUCUCUCUUCCAUGGCUGAAAAGGUGACAGGUUACAUACAGGACUCUAUCUUCUCCGGAUAAGGGAACUGACAAAUCAUAAAGCUCGGAACUUUCGGUUCAUAUCGUCCGUGGUUUGUCCGAACAGAUGAUGGGCCAUUCGGUGGCCCGAUUGCAACUGAGUCGGACCCGGGUUGACUCGAUUCAUCAUCCCAUUGCGUUUGCGGAUGUUGUAUGGAGUCGGAGCUCAAAGCUUUCAGAAACCCUAACAAUGGAGUCUCAUUCUAAGCGCCCCACGUGUCCGGCUUGUUCCAAACCGAUCAGGAUCUGCCUCUGCCGACGGAUCCGGUCUCCGUGUCUGGAUAAUCCGGUGAGUGUAACGAUUCUGCAACAUAGUCUAGAGAGAAAGCACGCACUCAACUCGACUCGAAUCGCCAGAUUAGGGCUUAGGAAUGUAACUGUAACCACCGUUUUCGAUGUCGACUGUGAAGCCGAGUUCGUAAUUAAGGAUAUUCAAUCGGGUAAUGAUUUGGGUUUCGCUGAAAAUGGCGCAGAAAGGUCAGAUUGGGAUCAUAGGUUUGAAAAUGGUGAAGCUCUGAAACUUGGUGGGUAUGUUGAUCAUAGCUCUAGGUUGGGGGAGACCAAUAUAAUAAACAUAGAAUCAGAAAGAAACUUGGAAUCCCUCAACCAACAACGUUCUAGUCUGCUCAUGGAUCAUGGAAAUCACCCGAAAAGACAGAAGUCUGAUGAAAGUUUGAGUUUUUGUCGACAUUCCGUCGUAUCCAAGGGAAAUGCUGUUGAAGAAAGCAGAUCAUCAGAGGAGUUAAUCAGAGUAACAAUGCGCAAACAUGGUGUCAUCAGUCGCAUCUCUCACUCAUUGAAGCUCAGAACUGGCGAGGAGGAUCCUAGUUUCAAGCAUAUAUUAGCUUCUGGUGCUGCCACGGAUGUCUUGGCAAAAGGGUUUGCAGUAAUGAAGAUUUCAGAAGAGCAGCAAGAAUUUGAGCUCGAGGUUCCUCCUGGGUCAGUGCUUUUGUUCCCCAGCGAAGAAUCGGUGACUAUUGUUGAUCUUAAAGCAACAGGCUUUGAGCCGAGAAACUUGAUAGUUUUAGAUGGGACAUGGGCGAAAGCCAAGAGAAUGUACCUCGAGAAUCCAUGGUUGAAGCUUCUACGCCAUGUGAAGUUGGAUAUGGAAGCUGCUAGUCUGUAUGGAGAUGUUCGGAGGCAGCCAAAGCCUGGUUGUAUGUCGACUUUAGAGAGCAUAGUAUAUGCGAUGAAGGAAAUCGGGAACUAUCCCCGUGGGUUGGAAAACUUGUUGGAUGUUUUCGGGUUGAUGGUUGAAGAUCAAAGGAAAUGUAAAGAUGCGAGACUGAGAAAAGUCUCCGAGAGCCAAUAACUUUGAUGCUUUAUGGCUACUGGCAUACAAUUUGCCACCGGAGGAAGAGCUUUAGAUCUAAUGUAACGCUGAAAGAAGAGAAGUCGUCAAUCAAAUUCAGUUUUGGGAAUGAAAGCUGUUUCAAUGUCAAGAUUUUGUGAAAAGUUUACUCUUUUUGUUGGAAUUGUGUGAAGUGAGGUAAUAUCA